AUGGUUAAUACUGGAAAACCUAGCCGUGGGUGCGCGACUUGCAAGAAACGGAAAAUAAAGUGCGAUGAACUGACACCAUCAUGCACGCAGUGCAAAACAGCUGGAUGGGUAUGUCCAGGGCCGUCCAAGAGUAAAUUGUUCUUCCGCAACCAAAGCGCUGCAGAUCUUGCCAGAAAGAAUGCCGCGCUGAUUGCAGCAACCUCAAGCUCUGCAGCGACCCCAGGCUCUGAAGUAUGGAAACGACCUGUAUCCCCCCCAGCACGGGACAGAGCUACUACUUUCUUCAUGCGGCAGUACGUUUUCGAUAUGGCUAGCGCAGGAGGAACCUUGCCUUUACGGGACAAUCAUGAAUUUCUCCCAGGGCUCAUACGCAAUCAACAGUCCUCGUUCGGGCUUCUCAGCACAACAGUAGCGGCUGCGGGGUUUGCUGCUCUUUCGAAUGCAGGCAACGUGUCAGAAUGGCGGGCAGAAGCAUUCCGUCUCUAUGAUAGUGCCAUUCGUCAGUUGCAGGUCGCCCUGCAGGAUCCUAUUCAGAGAGUGUCCGAUGAAACGCUCGGUGCAGUACUGCUCAUGGGAACCUUCGAGACUAUUGCUUUUGCAGAUACUGGCUCGCUGAAAGCGUUCAGCCAACACAUUAUUGCUGCAGCGAGAUGCAUCGAGUUGCGUGGGCCAGCCCAGUUCCAGACCGUGGUUGGUUUGAAGAUGUUCAUGCAGAUGCGGCGCAUCAUGAUCACUACAUGUCACCAGCUGCAGGAACCCAUACCAUUCGAGAUCUCAAAGUGGUCGAGCUGGGCUGAAACGAGCCAGAACAGCGACCUUGUCCCUGUCAAUCGCUUUUCCGAGAUCAAUAAGGCUCUAGCUAGUGUCCGUGCUGAGCUCAAGUACCAGCAUAUUACAGAACCAGCUAUGAUUUCUGACAGACUUCUCAAGAUCGAUAAACUUUUCGAAGACUGGGCGCGAACGCUACCGCCAAGCUGGGUGUACAAGCCUUACAGAUCUAUCGGCCCUAACGGCGUGCCAUCUAGUAGAUAUGACCUACAGCACGACAUGUACACAGAUCCAUGGAUAGCUUGCGUGUGGAAUUGUUACCGCAACGUCAGGCUUUUGAUUCACGAGUCCAUUAUUAUAGCUACACUCAAACACGGCACUGUAGAGCAGAAAGAAGCAUUGCAAAGCUCUGCGAAAGUUCUAGCCACGAUGGCAGAUGGAAUCUGCCACAGCGUUGCAUAUCAUCUUGGAUACCGCGCUCAAGACGAUGCGGUUGAGAGUUUUGCUCAGACAAUGCACCUUAGCAGCAAUCCGACUCCGGGAGGUUUCUUACUUAUUUGGCCUCUAUUCUUUGCUGGGAUACAGAGAACCACUUCUGCGGAUCAGAGGCAGUGGGUUGGUGCAAUGAUGAGAAGAAUUGGGGUGCGGAUGGGUUUACGGUUGGCUGUGUCAAUGGCUGAUUUGCUGUUGGAGACGGAGAUACAGGAUCUCUCGUUUUCGAAUUGCGAGACAUUUUUGAUCGGCGAAUGGUAUCCGAGUUAG